GCCUCCGCCGCUCCCCCGUGCCCGGCCGGCGGCGGCGCCCGCCCCAUGCGCCGCUGCUGCCCGGCGCUCUGCAUCCGCACCGCCAUCGACGCCACCGCCAUCGACGCCACCGCCGACAUCUCCGCGGCCCUCGCCCCCGUCCCCGUCCCGCCUGCCGCCGUGUCCCGCCCGCCGCUGCUGGUGCUGGUGCUGCUGCAGCGCCGCCCCGCGCCGCCCGCCCCCGCGGCCCCGCCGCACAAGAUGGCGGCCGGAGGGAGCGGCGGCCCCGGCGGCCUCUCCUCCUCCUGCCCGCAGCCGCCGCCGCCCCCGCCGGGCAACGGGGCCGCGGCCGCCGCCUGCACCAACGGCGCGCCCGCCUCGCCGCCCGGCCUCACCUACAACCAGAGCGGCGCCGCCAACCCGCCGGCGGCCAGCGGCGGCGCGGGGGGCCCGGCGGCGGCGGGGGCGGCGGGGGCAGCCGGCGGGGCGGGCGGUCCUGGCGGGGCGCUGCAGCGGGAGCCAGUGUACAACUGGCAGGCGACGAAGCCGACGGUGCAGGAGCGGUUCGCGUUCCUGUUCAACAACGAGGUGCUCAGCGACGUGCACUUCCUGGUGGGGAAGGGCCGCGGCUCCCAGCGCAUCCCGGCGCACAGGUUCGUGCUGGCCGUGGGCAGCGCUGUCUUCGAUGCGAUGUUCAAUGGUGGGAUGGCCACAACCUCCACAGAGAUUGAGCUGCCUGACGUGGAGCCUGCUGCCUUCCUGGCUCUGCUCAAAUUUCUUUACUCAGACGAAGUUCAGAUCGGACCAGAGACUGUUAUGACAACACUUUACACAGCUAAGAAAUAUGCAGUUCCAGCCCUUGAAGCUCAUUGUGUGGAGUUUCUUAAAAAAAACCUCAGAGCAGACAAUGCAUUCAUGCUAUUAACUCAGGCCCGGCUGUUUGAUGAGCCCCAGCUGGCCAGCCUGUGCCUGGAGAACAUAGACAAGAACACCUCAGAUGCCCUCAAUGCAGAGGGGUUUACAGACAUUGACCUGGACACGCUGGUGGCAGUGCUGGAGAGGGACACGCUGGGGAUCCGGGAGGUUCGCCUGUUCAACGCCGUGGUGCGCUGGUCCGAGGCCGAGUGUCAGCGGCAGCAGCUCCAGGUGAUUCCAGAGAACAAGCGGAAGGUUCUGGGCAAAGCUCUCUCCCUUAUCCGCUUCCCACUGAUGACUAUUGAGGAGUUUGCAGCAGGGCCUGCCCAGUCGGGGAUCCUGACGGACCGGGAGGUGGUGAGCCUGUUCCUGCACUUCACCGUGAACCCGAAGCCGCGGGUGGAGUUCAUCGACCGGCCCCGGUGCUGCCUGCGGGGCAAGGAGUGCAGCAUCAGCCGCUUCCAGCAGGUGGAGAGCCGCUGGGGGUACAGUGGGACGAGUGACAGGAUCAGGUUCUCAGUAAACAAAAGGAUAUUUGUAGUUGGGUUUGGAUUAUACGGAUCCAUACACGGGCCAACGGAUUACCAAGUAAAUAUACAGAUCAUCCACACAGACAGCAACACGGUCCUGGGGCAGAAUGACACCGGCUUCAGCUGCGACGGCUCCUCCAACACCUUCCGGGUCAUGUUCAAGGAGCCUGUUGAGAUUUUACCCAACGUCAACUACACAGCCUGUGCCACUCUAAAGGGUCCAGAUUCCCACUAUGGAACCAAAGGACUGCGCAAAGUGAUCCAUGAAUCACCAACAACGGGAGCCAAAACCUGCUUCACGUUCUGCUACGCGGCUGGGAACAACAACGGCACCUCCGUGGAGGAUGGACAAAUCCCAGAGAUCAUCUUCUACACAUAGUGCCACUGCCAGCCCGCCCUGGACUCGACUCUUCCCUGCCACCUCCCAAACUGAAUCUCUGGCUGAGUUUGACCACACCAAUUGGAGCCACACUAGCCAAAGGUCACAGUGAAACCAUUUCAAAGCUCAUGUUCUGCCUUGUGCUAGUGCUGCUGCUGCUCUCAGGUGCCAGGCCAGCUGGUGUCCCAGUGCAGCCCAGCUGGUGUCCCAGUACCAUUUGUAGGUUGUCUGUGGCUUGUUGUUUUUCACCUCCUGAUUAACCCUAUCUAACAACGUGCGUUUUUUGGACUGUAAUGAAUGUAGAUGCUUUUCCACCAGUCAGAAACAAGGCAAUGAGUGGCUCUGGUUGUGGUUUCACUUGCCAUGAGGAGAUGGUCCUGCAGACAGACUCGGUCAGGGCUUGGUGGCCUCUGCUCUGCUCCAGCUCAGCAGUCCAGGCCACACUGCAGGGCUUGGCCAGCCCGUGUCCAGCACCUUCCCUCCCUCCCAGCAGCCUCAGCACACAGAGCCACCUUCAAAACUCAUGGGAAGUGGCCUUUUCCCUGAGGCUUUGCUGUUCCAGCACUACACAGGCUUGGAGACCUCAAAGCUGAGCUCCUCUGGAGGGACUGAGGCAUUUUCCUGCUCUUCCCACCCAUCUGUGACAAUCUUCACCUCGGGCAGUUGGUGGCAGCGAGGUGACCUCCCUGCAGAGUGGUGAGGGGCAGCAGCCUGGCCGGGCAGCUCCUCCUGCAUUCGGAGUCCCCGUGGUGCUGCUUGCACACCCCUGGCACGUCCCAAGUGCUGGUGAUGCUCAGCUCCCCCCUGAGCAGCCCCAGCUCUGUUGUCACUGGUCGUUGUCCUUUGCAGAGUGCCAGGGUUUGUCAGUUGAAGCAGAAGGGCACCUGCCUCACCUGUUCCAGGGCAUUCCUGCAGUUUCCAUGCACGUUUCCAUGCGUUUCCCUCUGUUCUGUGCAUUGCUGCCUCGCCCCUGCUGCCCUGAUGGAAGCAGGAAGAGAGGCUGGAUGUGCACCUGCCUGUUACCUAGAAUGCAGCAGAUGGACAAGGAUUUACCAAAUGGUUCAGGAGAAGGUGGAAUAUUCUCUGUGCUGGUGUGUGUUUGCACACUGCCUGUUGGCCAGGCACAGGAGGGGGAUCACAGACAUCACCUGUUGAGCUGUGGAGCUCGGUGACCUGGACGAUACCCCUUGUUCAGGGCCAGCUGCUUUUCCCCGUGGCUGUCACAGAGAGGGUGGCUGGUCCAGCCCCACCCUCACUGCCCACGAGACUCUUCCUCCCCUCCUCUGCAGAGGAAGCUGGAAUUAAGCUCAGCCUGGCAGAAAGACCAGAGCCAUUGGAGUCUGCGUGGGACUGGCUGGGGUGGUGCUGCCUCAGGGCCCCUUCUCCGACCUCCUGCUCCAGCACACGGAGCCACUGCCACUCUCUGGGCAGCUGCUGCCACUGGAUUUCACUGCUGGAAGUUGAAACCUGGCUGUCCUUGGCUGGAGCACGGCUUCUCCUCCUCCUCCUGCUGCCCCAGCCGGGAUCCUGGGGCUGUGCUGGCUGGAGUCUCCUCCUCAGCCCUGCAGCAGCAGCCUGGGAAUGCCCUGCACCUCCUCAGCAGUAGCUGUUAGAGAUGCCCAGAGUGUGUUCUGUGCUCCAGGGAGAUGGUGUGAGCUGUGUGUUGUCAGCCUGCUUCCAGGUGGGAUGGUUCUAAUAUGGCCAGUACUAAAAACAUAGAAAAAAAUCCCAACCCUGGGUCCAUGACCUGGUGACUGAACCCAACUCUGUGCAAUGCAAACAGUGCUGUGGGAUGGAUUCACAGCCCAGGCUCUGUGUCCGUCAGGCUGUCUGUGACUGUGACUGUGCCUGCUCCUGUCACCACCCCUCUCCCAAGGGUGGGGGGAAUGUCACUGCUGCCAGCCAGGGCCCGUGCUGGAGCUGCACCUUCCCAGGGGCUCUGAUCUGGGUUCUGCACCUCGGGGCAUCAGGUACAGGUGGAAAUAGUGGAAUAAUUGGAAUUUGAGAGAAGCAGAGCUGUGCACUUGGCUCUGGGAGGAGCAGAGGGCUGGGGCAGGCCCUGCCCAGCUGCAGGGGGAGCCUCCCCAGCUGUUCCCUGGAAGUUCUGUUGUUCUCAUGAUUAUUUUGUUACGCAGAUUCUCGUCCCAAAUCCCACCUUCCUGCCCUCCCUGUGCGAGGCAGGUCUGGCAGCUUGUCCUGUCACGGAGGGAGAGGAGUCAAAACUCUGAACUACACCUGAGCAACUUCUGUUCUUAUGGCUUUUCUGCAGUUUGAUGCAAUUCUGGCUUUUGUAGAUAGAUGAAUGUAAUUCCUUGUUGGACAUGCCUGUUCCCAGAAGUAUGAGCCAUUCUGUUGUACCACGUCACCUUCCAGCAGAGCGGGCCCGGCCCGGCUCCUGUGCUCUUUGAUGAAUGUAUCCGAUGCUCUCGUCCCGUGUUCACACUCUGCUUUUUGGCCAGCUUUGUGAUUUGUAAAUAGGAAAACAAUAAAGACAUCGAGGUUG